AUGUUCACCUGCAAUGCCUGUCUCCGUCGGGCAAUUUUCUCGCAGGGGAGCGGCGCCGGUUCCUCACUCUUCCCGUCUCCUUUGUAUGGACACUCGUUCGAGCACGCGAUCAAUCCCACGGUCGCCUUCGCUCGCAAUCAUGCGACUCUAGAAUCCAUCCAGAAGGGCCAUCAUCGCCGAAGGCUUGUCAAGGACCUGACCACGACACUGCCCCCGCACAAAUCCCGCCAGGUCACGGCCAAGCCAUCCAAGGCUCGUGCAAAACUCUCAGCUAAAGAUGCUAAAGCAAGGGAACGCAACUGGCUCCAGCGUCUCGAACCCUCCGGCAGGGAAGCAUAUCUGAAACAGUCUAUGGAGAAAGAAGCCAGAUUCUUGACAGAUCCCCUGAAAUUGGCUCAGGGCGUUGUCGAAAAACUCCGCGACCACAAUCUGCAGGAAGCCUUGGGAUUAGUCCGUGCCAGUGAAAGGGCUCAUGACGGCAAGGGCGUGGACAAUGUCGUCAGUUGGAACCACAUUAUAGAUUGGUUGAUGGGUCAGAAGUCUCCUGGUGAGGCGUGGAAGGUCUACAACGAGAUGAAGAAAAGAGGUCAUAAACCAGACUCCCACACUUAUACCAUUAUGCUGAGAGGCUAUCGUGACAAUAUCAAACAACCGAAUGCUGUCAAGCACGCAUUGGCCGUUUACGACUCCAUCUUCGCUGCCAACUCGGCUGUCACUCCGAAUACCAUACAUACGAAUGCCAUUAUCAGUGUUUGCGCACGCGCGUACGAUGUUGAUUCUAUAUGGAGAAUUGCUGGGAGACUUCCCGAACGUGGACCCGGCGCCCCGGACCACGUUACGUUCACCGUCAUACUGCAGGCCCUGAAUAGCGAAGCACAAAAAAGAGCUAUAGAGCUAGGAGGUAGAGAGGGGCCUGGUUUUGACCCACAACCGAUUUUUGAACAGGUGAUUGGUGACGCGCGGAAGUUGUGGCUCGAUAUUACUGCGCGAUGGAGGAAAGGGCACAUCCAGCCAGACGAAGCUCUGGUCUGCGCCAUGGGAAGGUUGUUGAUGCUUUCCAGCAACCACGAUACUCAUCUGGAUGUUCUCAACCUGGUCCAACAAACCAUGAACAUAGCCCCAAUGCUCGAGGCUUCAGAUGCCGAUCCAGCAGAUGGGACAGAGGCGUCGGAGAAGGGAUCGGAAUCCACAGCUGAGCAGGAUGCGCCAUCCUUCCCCUACGUCCCAAAGAUUAGAGCGAGCCACCCCGCUUUGUCCUCAAGGCAGCUCAGCCUGGCGAUCUUACCCGUGUAUGCCACACCUGGUAACAAUACGCUAUCAAUGCUCAUGGAGACAACCACCGCGCUUCGGAAGCUGAAGCUGGGCAAAUAUUACUGGGAAUUGCUCACAUCCACAUCCGCAGAUGGCCCUUUUAAGGUCGUCCCAGAUCAUCAGAACAUUAUGGCUUACCUCCGUCUGCUUCGGGUUUCCCGUGCGAGUACAGCGACGCUGGACCUUCUUCGUGCUCCGCGGCCCAAAGAUGUACGAGACAAACUCAUGGUUCGAGGGACAUUCGUCAUAGCCAUGAGCACCUGUCUGCGAGACAAGAAGAAUCCGAGAGUCUUCGAGACUGCCAGUCGAAUUAUGGAUUUGAUGCAAGAGAGCACACAAGAUAUCAAUGGGACCGAAACAGACCCUCAAGGCCAGAAGCUCAGGUUCUCUCCCAAAGUUCUCCGGAUGUAUUUGGAAGUUGCUAUGGCGACCACCAAAGGAAUUGGCGCCGGCCCGCUCGAGAAGACCAGCAAUGGAGACUUGGAUUUCGAGAGAGAUCCCAGUAAGAACCACACGUUGCGAGCAUUGCGGCGACUGGGCCCAGACGUGGUCAACGUCAGGCAACUAAUCAAAGCCCAUUUAAUUGAGCUUGAACAACAAGCUGCUUUGGGAGGACGUACGAUCAGAGUCAAGAAGCUGCUUGAGAAGCGCCAGAUCACGCCGUACAGCGUCACCGAAAACAUUGGCGAACUGGUCGAGUUGUUGCGGACCAUGAUUAGUGCGAUUGACAAGAUUAUUCUGGUCAAUGAGAGGUUGGAGGAUGACGGAAUGGGGCCUUUGGAUAAGGCGAUUCUGAGUGAGUGCUGGUUGCAGAAACGCAAGUUGUCGGCCUUUGUGUCCAGGGUCGCGAAUGCGAAUGUGGACCCCAAAGGUUCUGGAGAGCGGAAGGUGCCGCGGGUGGACGAAAGGGGUCGUCCGCUGGCGGGCAGACAUGAACAGACGCACGAGGAAGACGCAAAUGUCGGGGCAGGAGAUGCUGAAACGCCAGGCGAGGAGAUCACGGACGAAGAUUUUGAUGCUGGCACGCCUCUUGCCAGUCCGCGCAUAACAAUCAUGAACGACAUUAGGAGAGCCCAGGCCAAACAAGCCAAGAACAAGGAAGAAAGAGGCCUCUCGCGACGGCAGAAACUGGAAUUGAUCAAGGAAGAGAAAAUCCGUGCGCAGUUCCCCAGCAGCGUCUUGAGAGACCAGCGGCAGAGCAGCAGCGAGCGGACGCGGGAAUGGAGGAAGAAGGAGAGCGCAUCGACGGCGGGAAGCCCUGAGGAACCGAUUCUUCCAAAGCGGCUACCCGUCUGGAAGCAGAGGCAAGCGGAGAUCAAGGAGGUGAGAGCAAAGAAGAGAGAGGCCGAGGCGAAGGAAGCCCAGGAGAGGACGAAACCGUACAAGGGAUGGGGAGGGGGGUUUCAGGAUAUGUUGAAACAAGAAGGGAAAGCUGAAAGGGCGGGGAUUGUGGAAUUGGGUCCUUAA